AUGCGGCUGGUGCUGAGGGAAGAGACGGAUGCGCGGGAGAAAAAGAAGGACGAAAAGAGCUUUGAGGUUUUGAACAACGGUAACGGAGAAGCGAAGAGUAGGAAUGGCGGCGACGACGACGAUUCAGACGACGCGAGUAAUAAGAGUCCACCGCGGUCCGAUAACAGCGGCGGCGGGAGCACGACGAACAUCGAGAAGAAGAAAGCAAAGAUUAAGACGACUUUGAGGAAAUUGUGCGCGAAAGUUCCAGUGGUGUUGAUGCAAAGAGACGAAGACGCAGAUAAGGCGGAAAAAGAAGCAAAAGCAUUAGUCGCAAAGGCAGAAGGAAACGCCAUGGAUCGUUUAGAAGCGAUUCAUUUGACGUCGUCGUCCUCGCCGGUAGCAGAUAACAGUAAUAAAAUCGACGCCGACGUGACUACCGCCACCACCACCACCACCACCACCACCACCGCCGCCGCCGCCGUCGCCAUCACCAACGACGAAAACGAAAAUAGUAGCAACAAUACUAACAAUAGCGAUGAGGAAGACGCCGCGACGAAGCAACAGGAAGAGGACGUUGUCAUUCGCGCCAUCCGAGAGGGCGUGUGCGACGUGAUUCGCAUUCCUUUAGCUCGACAAAACUCGGCAAAUUUAUGGCAGCACUGCGUUCGAAACAUGUUGAGAGAUUCCGGAAACGUGAAAAUGGCGGAAGUUUUGAGGCGGUCGGGAGUUAUGCCCUGCAAUAAGAGGAUUUUAGGACCAACGACGAUCAGGGCAGAACAGAACAGACACAACGGUUCUGAUGACUCGAGCGAAGAUACCAUGAUGCCGCUGAAGGCGUCGGGGAGCGAAGAGGCUAUCAAUAAGACCGAUGGUAGCGGUAACAACGACAUUAACAACAACAGCUACGAAUUUAGCGGAGCAGUUGUUAAAGUGCCCUCAAAGACGAAAGGUAAACGAUCGCAACGCAAGUUUGGGAACAGAGCAUGGAGCGCGGCGGCCUCGAACGCCCAACUUAGCUCGUCUUUCGAUCAACUCCAUCGACUUGAUCAGUUAGUUCCUUUGCACCCGCAACAGCAACAAUCGAUGCAUCAGCAGCAUCAGCAACAUCACCAGCAACAACAUUCGAUGCAACAACAGUACCAGCAGCAGCCGCAGCAACAUGUUCAGUACCAACAGUCACAGUUCCAGCCACAGCAGCCGCAGCAGCAGCACGUUCAGUAUCAGCAGCCGCAACAACAGCCGCUGCAACCACAAGAACAGCCGCAACAGCAGCCGCAGCAACCACACAAUCCAAUGGCUCGCAUGCCUUCGUUACAACAACACGUGGGUAUCUUGCCGAAAGCGCAACGCGCAAAAAUAUCGAAGUCAAAAGUGCAGCAGCGACGUCUGGCGAUCAAACCGGCGCACAUCCUCCCCGCACCGGGCCCGGGUGACCACCAUUAUCAUCAUCAACAACAGUAUUAUUAUCAUCAUCAUCGUCAACAACAUCAACAACAACCACAGCACGGAUCCUAUAUUGAUCAAACCGGACGCGUCGUAUAUUACCAACAUCCGCCUCAGCAACAGCAACAUCACGUUCAGUAUCAGCAGCAACAGCAAUACCACCACGUGCCUCCUCACAUGCAACAGUAUCAGCAGUAUCCUCAACAUAAUCAGCAGCAAGGUCAUCUCCAUCGCGUUGAGUCGAUGCCGCAGUUUCCGACGACGACUGGAUUGAACGGGUCUCCGGUGCACAGGGCGCAUCCGUAUCAUCCACAUCAUCAACAGCAUCAUCACGGUUCGCAUUUGCACUAUCAAAAUCCCAACGGAAGUGGCAGCUCGCCCGCGUUGUACCAACAAGGUGGACAACAAAACUUUGCCGCCGGAGGCGGCCCGGCGCCACAGUUGCCGCUCGGUUUGAAACUCACGAAAUCAAAUUCGCUCAAGGAUUUACUCCGCGCUCACGAGGUUGAGAAGAUAAACAGAGCAAUCGCGGCUGAUUCGGCGAAUGCGAACGGUGGAUCCAGUAACGGCUCUCCGACGACGGUUGCAAACGAACAUCCUCUCUUCAAUGCGAACGCUUUCGGCGACGACGACGAGGAAAUUUUGUCUCUCACCAAUAUGCCGGAAAAUGUGGAUUUGAAUGAUUUGAGCGUCGAGCUCGAUGACUCCUAUCUCGUAUUUUGA